AUGGCUUCAAACGAACUUCCCGAGGUCAAGCUCUACUGGCUCGAUGAGUCGCGCUCACAGCGCAUUCUCUGGUUGUUGGAGGAGCUCAAGCUGCCAUACACUCUGGAAAUGUUCCGCCGCAACAAAGAGACCAAGCUUGCCCCGCCAGAGCUUGAGAAGGUGCACCCUCUGGGAAAGUCGCCCAUCAUCAGCGUCACCCCCGCGGGUGCAGGUGAGGGCGUGGAGCCGGUGAUGUUGGCUGAGAGCGGCUUCAUUACGCAGUAUCUCACCGAGCACUGCCCCGAGGGGAAGAGACUGAUGCCGCCCCGGUGGAAGGAGGGUAUGGAGGGCAAGAUUGGCGGAGAGACGGAAGCUUGGAUGAGAUAUCAGUACUAUCUGCAUUACUGCGAGGGCAGUCUGAUGCCUGUCCUUGUCAUGUCCCUCAUCGUGGGUGGACUCAAAUCCCCCAACGUCCCCUUUUACAUCCGGCCCAUCUCAACCAUGCUAGCCAACCGCAUCUUCUCCUUCUGGAUCUUCCCCAACAUGCGGCGCAACCUCUCCAUGAUCGAGGGCCACCUCGCGACGUCAGGUGGCGACUACCUCUGCGGCGCCACCCUGACGGCUGCGGACAUCCUCAUGAGCUUCCCGCUCAUCGCGGCGCAGGGGAAGCUUGACGAGUUUGGCAGCUGGGAGGGGGGCUCGUGGAGAGAGGAGUUUCCAAAGGUGGCGGCGUACGUGAAGAGGCUUGAGGCGGAGGAGGGGUAUGUGAGGAGCGUGGAGAAGGUUAAGGAGAUUGAUGGAAGUUUUACGGCUUCGCUCAACAAUAAACCCGCCAAUGUCCCCAUUCUUGGUGAGCUUGAGAUCGCCUCGAGGCUCAAGGAGCUUAGGGAAAGGGACAUCAAGACGCAUGAACAGUUCAAAGUAUUUGACGAAGAGAUUUGGCCCAGCAUUCAGGAGCUCCGAGGCCAACUGCCCAAGCCCAUCUACAUGGCCGUCACUGGGCUCCUCAGCGAUCAAAGCCUGACAAUGCUACGAGAUGGGCAUUACCUACGCAGCGUACGGCUGUCACAGGUGUAUAGCACACUUGGAAAGUACGACCUUGACAUCCGGAACGACCUUAUCUUGAACCUCUGUAUCAGGAUGACGCAGGCCAGGAACAAAUCCUACACGCGUACUCAGAUGAGGGACGAGCUCAUUGGCAUGUGGAAGCACGUCUCCCAGCUCAAGCGUCCUGGGGAAGUUGACCGAGAACUCCGCUUCGCAAUGCCCUCGGUCCCCGAAGUGCUGAAAGACGCAGAGAAAGCCAGAUUCGUUGAGAAGGACCAGACACAGGACUCCAGCAAGAACCCAACAGCACGCGCACUGGCCUCGAUGUUCCUCCAGUAUCCGCCACCGCAAGCUCAAGACAUCAUCCCGGCUCUUCUGGCGACUCUAGCUGUUGCGUCAGAUGUCAGGUACUUUGGCCGUGAGAAAAGGGUUGCCCUGUCUCCGCUGUUGGUGCUUGCACGAGCAGUGCUAUCCAAGCACCAACUUACUGAGGACAACAUUCACUCCAUUCUCUCCAAUUAUCACACUUUGCCUGCUGACAAAAUGGAUGCACUUGGGGUCUACGUCAAGAACCAGUGGCCAACUGUCAUGACCAUGCUCACAACCGAGGCAGAGCAGUGGAUGAAACCUGAGAGUCAUGAGUGGGCAGAAGACCCUGUCAAGCUGGCCGCGUCCCGUGUUACUUCGUUCCACAAGCUUUUGAAGUCGGCGUACCGCGCGCGCAACAUCGGCGCUAUGAGUGCCAUCUGGGAGGACAUGAUGAAGAGCCUGGAACAGAACCCCCGGGUAAGAGAGCAGUUGGCCGAUAGCCCCGACUUCCUCGACUAUUGGAUCUUUGUGUGGUGUGCGGUUCGCCGAACAAAACGGCUGGAGGAGACGAUUGAGCUGAUGCGCUCGUUGAACAUGCCCAUGACACUCAAGUCGUACACGGCCAUGAUGCACGGGUGGAAGAAGUGCAAAGAUCUUGCCAAGGUUGAAGCACUAUGGGGACAGCUCGUCUCGGCUGGCACAAAGCUGGAUAUUGUCAUCUGGACUGAACGUAUCUCAGCCCUCAUUGAGCUAGGCAAGACCCAGGCGGGCAUCCAGGCGCUUGAAGAGCUAGUGAUGACGUGGAAGAAGGCAGUCCAGAAUGGAACCGAGGCCCAGGCCGUACAGCCUACUAUCCAUGUCAUUAACGCUGCCUUCAAGGGCAUGCUGCACCUGUACCCAGAUGCUGCUCACGAGCUGUUGGCAUGGGCUGGCCGAGAGGGCUUUGAGCCCAACGUCCGAACAUUCAACAUCCUCAUCAGCGAGAGCCUCCGAGCCGGACACACGGAUAAGGUUACAGACCUGCUACGCGCCAUGAGGCAGCAGGGGAUUGACCCUGAUACUGCCACUUUUACUAUUCUCCUGGAGGAGGUGGUCAAGCGGAUGGACUAUGCCACCUCGGAGGAGCAGGUGGAAGCCGUGCACUCCAUCUUUGCUGAUAUGGAGGAUGCCGGCCUCAAGCCCAACCUCGAGACGUAUGGAAAGAUGCUGUAUGCGGUCGAUGGCAUCCAGGGCAGCUCAGACGACGCCAUGGCCGCCGUACAGAACCACAUGCGCAAUAACGGCUUUGCUGUCACGCCGCACAUGGUUACUAUCCUCAUCGAGCGCGCCCUCCGCCGAGACCCCCCAGACAUCAAGCGAGUGCGACUGCUGCUUAAGGAGAACAAGCUCUCGGUGGUCAAACAGGGUGACCAGACCCUCUGGGAGCGCGUCAUGAGCGCCCAUGCCAUCAGCGGUGAGACGAAGGAGGCCAUGCGCAUCUUUGACGACCUGGCCAAGGCAGGCCGUCCCGUCACAUCGUUGCCGUGCUUGUCGGACCUGGUGGGUGCGCUGCUGCAGAAGAAGGAGACCGAGUCUGCGCAAAAGGUCAUCGACACGGUGCUGACGCACAAGGCCAAGAGUACCGACAACCUGGAGUCGAACCAGCGGUACUGGAGGCACCAUCUUUGGUUCAUGGCCAGGCGGAACGGCUUGAUCAAGAACGACACGAUUCCUCUACCUCACUGA